AUGCGUGAGUUACUGCUGGUCCGAAAAUUAGAAGAGGAACAAGCAAAAAGAAAGCCACGUGAGGCACCUUCCGACUCUGCUUCGGCUUUAGAACUUUCCGAUACUACUGACUCACUCGACGCGGAGCAGUCAAUACAGUCGAAACAACCGGAUUCCUCUCAACUUGACAACAACCUUAUGUUCUCCGAGCAAACGCAUGUAAUUGCAGAAGAUGCUAAACAUAUAAAUGAUCAUGAAACUAAUAUUGAUACUGUUAAGGAUGUUGCUCCUGGUGAAUCAGUGAUAUCAGAUGACCAACAAAAAUCAUUGUCAACUAUAGAGCCUUCCAUACAUUCCACCCAUAAUGAUUCUUUAUCAGGCGAAGUUACCUUCGUUGAUGUUGAGGCCGUUGGUUCAUUAAAACCUGAUGAUGGCAUAGAGGGUACUGACGAGUCUGAGGACCUAGAUUUGACCACAGUCUCAAGUGUUGAUAAUGAAAACAAAAUGAACGGGGGUUCAACUGAAUUACAAACAAAACGUGCAAGUCUCAAAGAGUUCUUCUUACAUAAACAAUCAUUUUCAUUUUCAAAAGACAAUUUCACAGACAAUUUAGCAUUAGAUCCUCAUCUAGAGAAUGUCGAAGUUCAGUCAUCGUCAUCUCAAACUUUAAUAAAUAACAGCACAACUGAUGGAAAUAAUUCCAAUAAUUUGUUAGAAAAAAGCAAUCAAGUCGCAAAGGAACAGUUAAAUCCGGAAAUUGAUAAUAAUACUUCACAGGUUAAAGUCGAAAGUUCAGAUUUACCCCCACGGAAAGAUUCAACCGAAUUAAGUAAAUCCGCCCAAGAAAGUUGCGAAUUAAGCCCUGACGAGAAACGUCAGAGAGCAGCCGCUGCUCGUGCGACGCAGAGGAAGGAAUUAAGAAACCUCAUGAGACAGAAGAAAAUGCAAAAACAAAGCGAAGACGUUGAUGUGGUGAUAAUGGAACCCACAAAUAAACCCACCGCUAAUGAUGAUGUCCAAUUAUCUAACGACCCGCCAACUGUCGUGAUUGAUUCCGCGGAACAAGAAGAAAAAACAUCAGCGUCAGUUGAACAAGAAUUUGAAACCAUUUGGCUAGAAUCUCGUUUUUCGUUUUCGUUUUUAAUAACCAUCUUUAAUCUUCACAGUACAAUCUCACGAAUAAAACGAUCAAAGAUUAAAUCAGCUUCUGCCGAUUAUGAUUCGGACGGUUCUAUAGACCUGGAUGUUUUAAUUGCAGAAAACAGCGAUUUGGAUACGGGUUCAAUGCAAUUGAAUGACGAUGGAUUAAACGAUGAUGAUGAUAAUUUUUGGAAUAUUGAUACUUCUGAGCUUGAAAGACAUUUGACACCAUCAACUACACCUUUACGUCUCCCAUCUCCAGACCCUCAAGCUGCAUCAACUAUGUUCUCUGCAUCUAGACCUUUUAGCAUGAUUGCUGAAGAAGAUGAAAAUCUAAGCGAUACCCCUCUAGAAGUCGAUGGGCAAGAAGUAGAUGAUAUCUUAAACACUUUUUCGAAUUCAAAUGGUUUCAAUUGUACUCCAAUCCUGAAACCAUCUUCGCCAUCUCCUGUGCCUUCACCAUUUCCAUCACUAUCGGGAGGAAAACCAGGAAUUCCUGUCGGAAUGCCGAAGACCGUUUUUGCGUCACACUUCAGUCCUUCUCCCCUUUCUCCAACUUCUUCCAGAGCUUCUUCUGUUGGUGAUCCCGAUGAGUAUGAAACGAUGUCAAAUGGAUCAUAUACCUCUGUUCGCUCGGCUAGCAGUAUAAAAUCUGGUGCAUCUGGAAUACGGAGACCUUCAACGACUACAGGAUUGCGUGCUCCCAGUCGUGCCGGUUCUCACAUGACAGUUUCUUCUAGAAUUACCACUAAUCGUGUUGAUCAGAAUACUCCUGUAAGGCCAAGAUCAAUGAGUGUUGUGAGCAACAGUUCGACCGAAGAGAGUACAACCUCGUCAAGAGGUGCGACAUCUCCUUCACGAAUUGCUUCUCCCACGCAUGGGCUCCAUAUGAGUAUGUAUAGUAUAUCUCAAUCGAGAUCAGGAACUAAUAAUGGUCGUACCAGAUCAAUGAGCCGAAUUAGUAAUAGUUCCGCAGACGAUGUUCUAGUGAGACCUACUUCGAAUGGUUCAUCCAAUAUGCGAUCAUUAAGCAGAGCUGGCUCGCAUAUUGGUACGAUAAAAUCUCCAGGGGUAGUACAAAGUCGAAUUCGUGAUAGUAUGCAAUCAACAUCUGUUGCAGCGACUAAAGUUGCUUCUUCAGCCCGUCCUACUUCUCAACUACAGCAAUCUCCAACAGGUUUGGUACGACCUUCUAGCCGAGCUAGUUUGGUUAAGUCUCCCGUUCCCUCUACAACGACAUCUGGUCUUGGUAGUUUUUCAGAAUCUCAGAAGAACACCCCAAUAAAAAAGAGUCGACCCCAAUCUAUUCACGUUUCCAAUCAAACUAUAAAGCAUGAACAGUCACCAAAAAGCAACACCGGUCGAAACACUCCAUCUGGCAUUAGAUCUCCCUCAUCAGGUCUGCGAUCCAUUAGUUAUUUAGGUGGUCGCCAAAGUUCCGAUAGUUUGUCUUCGCAUGAUGAUUACCUUAUGUUUACACCUCCUGAAUCACCUACUGGGGCUUCAGAAACAGAUUCCCUGACGUCUCUAACAAGUUCCGUCUCAUAUGGUUCUUCUCCCGGUAGAGGGACUUCUCCGAUACCUCCUUAUAACACUUCGAUGAUUUCGCCUACAAGCAUAAUUGCGUCAAAGCCUUCUAAAAGAUCGUCCAUGAUUUCAUCUCCGAACGGAAUCAGCAGACUCCCUUCUGCCAAGGUGACUCCCUCAAAGCUUAUGUCCCCUAAUAGUAUAGUAGCUAGUCAAACCACCACUGGUCUAAGACCACCUUCCCAAAUUGGGUAUCGAAAAACAAAGGGAUCAAAAGAAUAA